AUGGCCCAGCACUGUUCAGACAAUCAACGCAUAUGGGCCCACAGAGUGCUCAGUUCUGGUACUAUUGGAACGUCGGUCGCCUCGGUGAGCUGGGUGGUCGACCCCGAGAACCACCAUAGGCUCGCACCGCUUGGGUCGGUCGGCGAGCUGCUAGUGGAAGGGCCGAUCCUGGCGCGCGGCUAUCUCAACGACGCCCACAAGACGGCGGCGUCGUUCAUCGACGACCCCGCCUGGCUGCUGGAAGGGUGUGGCAGCCACGCCGGGCGACGGGGGAGACUGUACAAGACAGGCGACCUGGUUCGGUACAACGCCGACGGUAACCUGGUCUGCCUGGGCCGCAAGGAUAGCCAGGUCAAGGUGCGCGGGCAGCGGGUGGAGCUGGGCGAGGUGGCGCACCACGUGCGAGAGUGCAUGCCGGCAGCGGAGCGAGUGGCAGUCGAGGUGGUCCUGCCGACAGGAGAAGGGGCUAGCGCAAUGUUAGCGACUUUCUUGCAGCUGGACAGUGAAGAGAGCGAAGCAGUGCAGACGGACGAGGCGGCCAAUGCUGGCUCGAUAGCGCGAGUGAUCUUUCCAGCCAGCGUAGACGCGAAGCUGGCGGAGCAGCUACCCAGCUAUAUGGUACCACAAGUGUAUUUUGCGGUCGUCGAGCUGCCGACGACGACGUCUGGCAAGACGGACCGGCGGCGGCUGCGCGAAAUCGGCGCAUCGUUCUCGGCGCAGCAGCUGGCAGAGCUGCGGACGGCGAGCGAGGGCGGAGGCGCCAAGCAGGCGCCGUCGACGGAGGCGGAGCGGACGAUGCAGCAAUUGUGGGCGCGGGUGCUGAACAUCAAGCCCAGCAGAAUUGGCCUCGACGACAGCUUCUUCCGCCUAGGUGGCGACUCAAUCACAGCCAUGCAGCUGUCUGUAAGCGCUCGUCGGCUUCACAUCCGCCUCUCUACACGCGACGUCUUUCUGAAGAAGACUAUCCGGCAACUUGCCCGCAAUGUCGAUGCGGAAGAGCCUCUCGCUUUGCUGACAGCCACCAGAGACGCUACUGACAUACUGUUCAACCUCUCGCCAAUCCAGGAGCUAUAUCUCUCACUCGAAAGCACUGGCAAAGCCUGCUUCGACCAGUACUUCUUCUUACGCCUCAGCGACCCGACACAGAAAGAGCUGCUGCACUCGGCUUUCUGCACCCUUGUCGACCGGCACUCUAUGUUGAGAGCUCGGUUUUGCAGACCGAACGGCGGCGCGUGGCAACAGUACAUCUCAGACUGUGUCGAUGCGUCUUUUGCUGUGCAGUACGUCCAGUCCAGUGACCCUGAGGUGAUCACACAGGCAAUCGCCGACUGUCGCAACUCUUUGGACAUCGAGAAUGGGCCUGUCGUGGCAGCCGUGCUGUGCGACGAGGGCGGCCAGCAGUCUCUGUUCACUGUGGCUCACCACCUGGUGAUUGACCUGGUCUCAUGGCGCGUGCUUCUGGAAGAGCUGGAGGAGUUGUUGUUGAAUCGAGUGCUUCCUCCAGUAUCCUCACUUAGUUUCCCAACCUGGGUCAUGGCCCAAACCGAGUACAUCACGAAGCAUGUGGUCCCUGAUAGCGCAUCACACGCUGAGGAACACAAGAAUCAGCUGUCCUACUGGGACGCACAUUCCGAUACUGUCAUGUAUGGCAACACGGUCACUGAGCAGUUUACACUGGACAGCUGGACGACCUCUGCUCUCCUUGGAAGCUGCAACGAGGCGUACGAAACACGUCCUUUUGAGCUCAUGAUAGCCGCUCUGAUCUACUCUUUCACUCUUGCCUUUCCUGAUCGAAGUUCGCCCACAAUCUUCACCGAGACCCACGGGCGCGAAGUGUGGGAUGACAGCAUCGACCUGAUGCGAACUGUAGGAUGGUUUACGAGCAUGUAUCCUGUGAAGGCUUCGUGCAGUCGGGAAGACAGCCUGCUCCGUACCAUCUGCCAAACCAAAGACUGCGCUCGCGCGUUCAAGCACAAUGGCUGGUUGUACUUUGCAUCUCAGUUUGCAGAUCAGCGCUGUGCUGACGCUUUCAAGUCCAUAUUCCCUGUGGAGGUGACAUUCAACUACUCAGGCGUCUACCAGCAGCUCGAACGCAAGGAGUCCCUCUUAAAGCAAGGCGUUGUCCCUGGAGCAUGCGACCCCACGUCUAUGGCAGCAACACCGCGGCUCUCUUUGUUUGAGGUCUCCUGCCACAUCGAGAACGGUUGCGCGCACGUCGCUGUUGUGAGCGACAGUACUGUAAGAUACCAGGAUCGCAUUGGAGACUGGGUCCGGCAAUACAAGACCACCUUGUUAAGUAUGCCGUCCCUCCUCCAGGGCCGCGGUCAUGAAUGGACGCUGAGCGACCUUCCACUCGCCUUCACGUCGUACCAAGACCUUGACCACUUCUGCAACCAUACGCUGCGUGGGCUGCACAUCCGACCAGAAGACGUCGAAGAUGUCUAUCCUUGCUCUCCAAUGCAGCAAGGCAUACUCAUCAGUCAGAGCAAAGACGCAAACGCCUAUCGCACCUGCUUGGUGUUUGAAGCUGUAUCUUUGCAAGACACAGAUGUUGACUGCUCUCGAUUACAGCAGGCUUGGAGGGCUGUAGUCAAGCGACACUCGCUGUUACGGACGCUUCUGGUGGACAACGUUCCCGGGAGCUCAGGAACCACCAACGUUGUGCUGAAGAACCCAGAGCCGGCCAUCUCGUUUUACCGCGCGGCAGGAAGUAAGGCGACGAUUGAGUUCUUCCGUGCGCGCCGCAUUCCUGGCCCUCAGCAGGCAAGCGAGCUGCAGCACCAUCUCUCCAUCUGCCAGCUCGAGAACGGUCGGGUGUACCUCUGUCUUGACAUCAACCAUGCUAUCUUUGACGGUCAUGCGAAGGGAGUGCUUUUACGCGAUUUGCAGUCAGCCUACAGUGCCGAUCUUGACCCGCACGGCGCCUCGUUCCGAGAUGUUGUGUCGUAUCUAGUGCAGCAGCCGCAGGAGAGCGCAUUCCAGUACUGGGUCGGGUACUUACGUGGCAUCGAGCCGUGCUACUUCCCCUCAAUGGCAGACGGGGAGGGCGGAACCUACAGAGACGGACUGGUGCAGGUACAAGGGCUCGAUAUGAACGACAUCCACGCUUUCUGCCAACAGUGGGAGCUCACAACCGCUACCAUCAUACAGACUGCAUGGGCCUUGGUACUUUCUGCUUACACAGGAUCUAAAGCUCCGUGCUUUGGCACUCUCUCCUCAGGACGCGAUCUGCCGAUCGAGAAAGUCCAAGAGAUCGUCUGUCCAAUGAUCAACAUGCUCGUCUGUCGGCUAGCGAUCAGCGAAGAGCAGACUGUGCUAAGUGCACUAAGGUCUGUACAGGAAGACUACUCGAACAGCCUUCCAUACCAAACGUUCCCCCUCGCAAAUGUGCAUAGCGCUCUGCAGCUGGGGACCUCCCCCCUGUUCAACACUGCCUUGUCUCUCCAACGGGCUGAUGUUGUGCAGGAAGAUGGAGCAGACAGCAUCAUCUUCCGUGAACAAGAGGGCCUGGACCCAACAGAGUACGAUAUCGUUGUCGGCGCUGCCUAUGAUAGUAUGUCGUUGGCUGUCGGGAUGCAAUUUCGGACUAGCUGUAUGAGCCAAGGGCAAGCAACGCGUGUAGCUGGGGCCUUUGGGAAAGCAAUCAAAGAGUUAAUCACUAGACCAGAUUCACGCAUAUCCGACUUGACAUUGUUGGCGGAUCAAGAUGUUAGCCAACUCUGGACGUGGAACUGCGAGGUGCCGGCGGCAGUCGAGCGCUGUGUCCACGACCUGUUCGCCGAACAAGCAGCAGCUCAGCCUAAUGCGCCCGCCAUCUGUGCUUGGGACGGCGAGCUGACACACAGCCAGCUCGACGUACUAUCAACCAACCUAGCAAGUCACCUUGUCCAGAUCGGCGUCAAGCCCGAAGACAUGGUGCCACUGUGCUUCGAGAAGUCGAUGUGGACAGUGGUGGCCAUGCUGGCCGUGCUCAAGGCCGGCGGCGCCUUCGUACCACUGGAUCCCGCCCAUCCACGCAGCCGGCAUGACGAGAUUCUCAAGCAGACUAAGGCCAGCGUACUGCUCACGUCGGCCCAUCACGAAGCACUUUGGCAGCACUUAGAACUUGCUGUGGUCACCGUAAGCGCAGCGUCUAUCACUCUCUUGAGCGACGAACCUAGCAUCGGCUCUACAGCAAUGAUUACUCCAAGCAAUGCGGCCUACGUGAUAUUCACGUCUGGAAGUACUGGAAUGCCUAAAGGCGUUGUUAUAGAACACCAAGCACUCUCGACUUGCUGCCGUGAGAGAAAGAGAUUCGGGCUUACACAGCACACACGAGCUCUCCAGUUCGCUUCCUACACGUUUGAUGCUUGUAUUGCUGAGAUUAUGACGACACUACUGUCUAGUGGCUGUGUUUGCGUGCCUUCUGAGGCCGAUAGACACGGUAGUCUGUCCCAGGUUAUACGUGCUAUGAAUGUUAACUGGGCAGUGCUUACACCGUCUGUCGCAAGGCUCCUAGAACCAACCGAGGUACCUUCUCUAAACGUUGUAAUACUAGCUGGCGAACAUGUUACUUUGGCAGAUUGGCAGAGAUGGGCUAGUUAUGUCCAAGUGAUAGAUGCAUACGGACCUACAGAAUGCUGCAUCUGCUGUACAGUAUACACAGAUGCUCAGUCAUUC